UUGAAUCUUACAUAUAAAAGCAAAAACCCAAUUAAACUUAACCAUUUUCGCUCAUUCUCUGAAUUUGUUUUCCUUGUUUGGAUCAAUUAAUUAUUUUGUUUAAAUUUAAAUUUAACAUCCAAAAAUUCAACAGUAAAUUAUCAUCAUGGGUGUUCCUAAAUUUUAUCGUUGGAUGUCUGAAAGGUAUCCCUGCUUAAACCAGGUUGUCCGUGAAAGUGAGAUACCUGAAUUUGAUAAUUUAUAUUUAGAUAUGAACGGUAUUAUUCACGCCUGUUCACAUCCAAACGACGAGGAUGUCCACUUUAGGCUUCCUGAAGAGGUUAUGGUUAAAGAUAUUUUUAAGUAUAUCGAGGUUCUUUUCAAUAUUAUUAAACCACGUAAAAUUUUUUUCAUGGCUGUUGAUGGAGUUGCACCUCGAGCAAAGAUGAAUCAACAAAGAGGACGUCGUUUCAGAUCCGCAAAAGAUGCUAUCACAAGAGAAACAGAAGCACAAAAUAAAGGAGAAGUAUUGCCUAAAGAAGCACGAUUUGAUUCAAAUUGUAUCACACCAGGUACUGAUUUUAUGGCAAGACUUCAAAAGCAUUUGGAAUACUUUGUUGCUUCCAAAAUUUCUAAUGACGAACUCUGGAAAAAUGUCAAAGUCAUUCUUUCUGGUCACGAAACUCCUGGUGAAGGUGAACACAAAAUAAUGGAUUUUAUUCGCACUCAAAGAUCACUACCCGACUAUGAUGCUAAUACACGGCAUUGUCUUUAUGGUCUCGAUGCUGACUUAAUCAUGCUUGGGAUGUGCUCACAUGAACCCUAUUUUGCAUUACUACGUGAAGAAGUUAAAUUUCGCCGAAGGAAGGAGAAAGAGCCAACGUUUCAUGUUAAUCCUGAAGCAAUUAAUUUUCAUUUACUUCAUCUCUCACUUUUACGAGAUUAUCUUGAUCAUGAAUUCUCAUCUCUCAAAAAAUCUUUACCAUUUGACUAUGACCUGGAAUGUAUUAUUGAUGACUGGGUUCUCAUGGGUUUUCUUUGUGGUAAUGAUUUCAUUCCUCAUCUGCCUCAUUUUCAUAUUGGUAAAAAUGCUCUCACCACAUUGUACAAAGUAUACAUGGAUGUUUUACCUAGUUGUAAUGGUUACCUCAAUCACCAAGGAAAACUCAAUCUACAAAAUUUUCAAAAGUUUCUCCAUAAAUUAUCUGAAAUUGACGUAGAAAAUUUCAAUGAAAUGAACGCUGACUUUAAGUAUCUAGAAUCUAAAUCAAGUCGAUUUAAAUCUCCUAAAAAAUUGGUACGAUACGAAGAAUGUGAUGGAAUUAUUGGAGAGUCAUUGGAGUCGGGGAAUGAUGAUGAUUCUAAUUUAAUCGAUUUAGGCUCAGAAGAAGCUUCAGAUGCUGAAGAGGAAGAUGAAUUGUCGAUUUCUGAAGAAGAUGAUACUCUAGAAGAUGAAUUUAUAAUGCAUAAAAGAGAUUAUUAUCGGACUAAAAUGCAUUACGAUGAUGUUACUCCAGCAGUUUUGAAAGAACAAGCAUAUUGUUAUAUCAAGGCCAUCCAGUGGAAUCUACAUUAUUAUUACGAUGGUUGCCCGUCAUGGUCUUGGUAUUAUCCUCAUCAUUAUGCACCUUAUAUUUCCGACGUUAAAAGCUUUGAAAAUAUUGAUCUCACUUUUGACCUUGGUCAACCUUUUAAACCGUUUGAACAACUGUUAGGAGUUUUACCUGCAGCAAGCAAAGAAUUUUUACCCAAACCGUAUCAGAGACUAGUUACGGAUGAAAGUUCACCAUUAAAAGAUUAUUAUCCGGAAGAAUUUGAACUUGACUUAAAUGGUAAAGUUAAUAGUUGGGAAGCUGUUGUUGUAAUACCGUUUAUAGAUGAAGAAAAGUUGUUGAAUGCUGCUCGUUCUUGUGAGUCACAAUUAUCAGAAAGAGAGAAAAGAAGGAAUUGCCAUGGUCCUCAUUUAUUGUUCACGUAUUCAAAAGAUCAUCAGGAGCCUGUGCCCUCAACUCUACCUGGUUUCUUGCCUGAUAUAGAAGUGAGUCAUGCAAAGUUGGUAAAAGUCAAUAAAGAUGCCUACAAUAUUCCAAUGAAUCAGAUCAGGAAAGGUUUACUACCUGGUAUCGAUCCUGAUGUUUAUACUCCAGGUUUUCCAACUCUCCGUACUAUGGAACAUACUGCUCGUUUAGAAAAAGCAAAUAUAAGGGUUUUUGAAAUGCCCUCAUCUGGAUACAGCAUUUUGGUCGAUUUAACACCUAAACCAGAAGUUACUUUAAAAUCUCUACUCAGUGAUUACCUUGGCAAAACAGUUUACAUUAAUUGGCCUUUCCUUGUUGAAGCGAAGAUUUGUAAAAUAUGUGAUGGUGAAAAAAUAUUUAGUUAUAACAGCGUAGGCCAGAGUGAAUCCAGAGCACUAAGAGAUAAAGAGAAGAAAGAAAUUGAUUCGCAAGUGAAAACAAUCGCAGAAAGUCUAAAAAACCGACGUGGUAUACAUUUACCUCAUUUUGAUUUCAUUCUGUAUUGUAAACCAUUGACUGGAUGUAAGUACAACUUGGGAUCUAAUGGUGUGGUUUCUCUUGAUAAGCAAUGGUCACCCGUAGAGAAUUGUGUCCCUUUACCUAUGGCUAUUAAGGAUCUUCCGAUAAGGCAAGGAAUCAUCAACAAGCAUAUAAGCUCAAUGAAUUGUUCCCUGUUGGAUCUAUGUUUUAUUCUUAAUGAACAAUAUUAUGGAGAUCUUGCUGAUAUUAUUGAAGUUCAAAAGAAAACAAACAAAGUCAAAGUAAUGAUACAAAGAGUAGCUGAACCUGAUUUGAUUGAAGUUAAAAAUCGAUCUUAUGAACUAAUGAGCAAAGAAUACAUGACUAAUCACGCGUUAGCUCAGAGGUUGAGCGUUAACCCGUGUAUUGUUUCGAGAUUAACUGGGACAGUUAUGGUAGAGAAAGCCAACGGAAAUAAAGUUAAUAUUGGCCUUAACUUAAAAUUCAAUACAAGACGAGAAUAUGUGCCUGGUUACUCUCAAAGGCGUGAUGAAACUUGGUUAUUUUCAUGGAAAACUUUGAAACUCAUGGAAGAGUACAAUUCUAAAUUUCCUGAACUUUUUAUUAAUUUAAGUAGACUUGCGGACCAAAAACGUUUCCAACCUGAACAAAUCUUUAAUGGACCUAAUCCCGAGGCAAAAAUAUCUGAGGUCGCAGCUUGGUUGAAAACUUUGCCUUAUCAAAAUGCUCGACGAAUGAAGUUUGAUACUGAAGCACUUGACGAGGUUGUUGUCAAAUGUAUUGAAGAUGUAUUAGACGCGCACAAAGUUUUUGCCAAUCAAUAUGAACCGAUAACGUUAGUUUAUUCCACAAAUCAACUUUAUCGUCCAGCCAAUAUUAUUGGCCACUCACCGCCUGAUCCUAACGCCACGUUUAAUCUAUUUGAUCGUGUGGUAAAUGUUCGAGAAGGAAUUUCAGUUCCACUUGGUGCAAGAGGAGUCAUCAUUGGGAAAACGAAAGACAAGCAAGAUGAUGAUACUUAUCUGUGUGAUAUAGUCUUUGAUGAAUCUUUUAUUGGAGGAAUGAGUUACAAUUGCAGUGCUGGACGUGGUUAUCGACUCCAUCCUUACAACUUGAUCAACAUAUCUUACAGGAAAAAGAAAGGCAGCUAUGGGGUUAGGGAAGAUUUUGAUAUGGCUCCUAUCCAGCCUACAAAAAUUGACCAGCGAGAUAAAAAAGCACGUCAAAAAGCUUCUCCUGGCUUUAAAAAGCUGAUCAAUCUGUCUCCUAACCGUAACCAUGAAAGACAUGACUAUUCAAAUAGACGUGAAUAUAAUGAUCAAGGAAAUCAAAGCUAUACUCAUCACAAUUACAGUGACCAUCGAAAUAAUAAACAAGUGAUUUCUUCUCCAAUACAAAUUAACCAUUCACCAAAAUCACUAUUCCAAAGUCCACGUGAAUCUAACAGCAGUGAUUUUUCAUCCCUUUGGAAUAAAAUCAGGAAUCAUGAAGAUUCUCAACCCGAAGAAAGUGCUAGUCAUAUGGAUACAACUGCAUCGACUGCUGCAUCUUUGGCCAAAGCUAAUAUGAUUAACAAUGAACUCGUCGAAAUGUACAAAAAUAUGGAAUUGAAACAAACAGAAAACCUUAAAUCGCUAAAAUUAGAUGAUACGAGUAUUGAUUUAAGUCUUAUCCAGUUUCCAGUAUUACCACCACCUCCUCCUAAAUGGUUUGAAAAAGAUGAAACAAGCCCGAUACCUGAAGCAUUAGUUGAGAAUCAUCAGAUAUUUAAUAGAGUAAAAAAGGCACAAAAAAAUAAAUUAUCUGCCUCAAAUUUGACAAACCAGCAACAACAGCAAAAAACGAAUCGAAAUUCAAACACACAGCAACUUUAUCUACCAUUUCCACGACAAAUACAAGGACCGAGGCCGAACAAGUUCAUUCCAUUGCAAGUUGAAAGAAACAAGCAAAAACUCGAUGAUUCUUUCGCAAAACGAUCAUCAGCUCCUCAUGAUAAUAAGACCGAACAUCGUAAAAACGAAAUGGCUAUACAAAACAGGCGAUCAUCUAAACAUACUGAGAGUGCUAAAAAGUCCGUCAAGCGUCGUGAAAGUCGAAUUAUGGUUGGAAUUGGAUCAAAACCUGAAGCUGCAGAACAGGAAAAUUUAAUAUUAUUUGAAUGAUCAAUAUUUGUCUCAGCUAAUUGCAUUUACAAUAAAACACAUGAAGAUUUGAAUAAA